CCUGACCCUCUGUCUGGACAGUGCUGAUUGGCCCUGUGCUGAUCACAUGCACUCUCCCAAGGAAAAAAAACCUCUCUAGCAAUACAUACCAAACUGAGCAUGUGCAGCUUGCCAUGAGCCUUUAUUCUACCAGGAGAUAUUUAGGAGACACUGGAAGAAAGGGAUGAUAAGAGAAGACAAGAUGAAACAUCCUUUUUACACAAUGUGGAGGAUUAAGCCCUUAGGUUCCACAGUGAGUAUAACAAGCAUGCUUUAUUUCAUAUACAGACUAAUUUUACUGUUGUGGGUUUAGUAACAUUU